CUUACUGACACGGAUAUUCAUCAUUGAUUCGCAUGCAAGCCUCAAUGGCCACCUGUUCAUCGGCGCGAAGACUAGCGACGACUACCUCAAGCCCGCUGCGAUGUAUAGGUAGCACAAAGACCUGGACACAGUCCGCCAAUCGCACCUUUGUCUGCUCACAAUGUCGGCACCCUUCGUCGAGAACGUUCUCCACGGCCCCGUACGUCUCGCAGGAAGCAGACAAUGACCGUGCAGAGAGGCCACGAUGGCAGCAGACGCCAAAAGGAAUGCAGAUGCCUUUCAAGAUACGACCGAGGGACAAGCGCAAUGAGUGGACGUGCAACGAAGACCCAAAGAAGGUUGCCGACUUUUACAACAGAUUUUUGGGUGAGGGCGGAGAAUCUGUGCUGAGCGAGGAGACGAGAUGGUUGGCGAUCACGCACAAGAGCUUUGAUCAGGGAAGGAGAGGUUUCAACGAUCGUUUGAGCUACAUGGGUAAACGCAUAGUCGACCUGCAGACAUCGCUGGCGCUCGUAGCGAAACCGCGGGAUCCGCUCUCGGAGCAGGGCCCGGACGCGUACGGUCGCUACCCUUUUGAACACCCUCUUCUCGAGGGCCUGGAGCACCUCUCGGAGCGUCAGAAAUCCGCCGUGCUGAGCAAGAACAAGCUCGCGCAGCUUGGCAAGGAGUACGGUCUACAAAACGUGCUGAGGUGGAGGCCAAAGAAAGUAGAUAACCUGUCGGGCUCUGGCUUGGAGCUCGUCAUGGCUCAAGCCAUGUACGCCGUCGUGGGAGCAGUCGCGUUGGAGAGGGGCGGCGAAAUGGCGAACAAGGUGACGCGGGAGAAGAUUCUGGCUCCACUUGGUCUGGGGCAGCCUGAACGGUCGUAGCGGAAAUGGGAAGCAUCAGCAUUGUACGAUUAUUCUGACCGAUCAUAGAUUCUUUUGCGAGCCGGACCAGCUGCACGUUACUGGAUUUCUGGAUGUAGGUGCAAGUGCCAGGCACCCGAGGACAGCAAAAUGUAUUUUGAUUGCACACCG